AUGGCGACAUCCACUGCGGCAAGUUGGGCCGAUUUAUGGGACCAGAUAGAUAUUUUGGCUUCUCAUACACAAAAAGGUAUUGAAAGUUUGGAGAAAUAUGGAAUGUUCCUAAAAGAAAGAGCUGCAAUUGAGGAUGAAUAUGCUGCUAGGUUGAGAGCUUUGGUGAAAAAGAAUUUGGGGAAGAAAAAAGAAGAUGAAGAGUUAGCCAAAGCUUACACAUUUCUCAGUUCAUUUCAUUCCAUUUUGCAUGAAGUUGAAAGUCUUGCCGGUCAACACGAGGUCAUUGCGGAAGGCCUGAGGAAAGAUAUUCACCCGGCUUUACUAGCAAAAUGUGCUGCACUUCGCGCAGCCCGCAAAAACCAUUUGAAUGAGCUACAUAUUAUUAAUGGUGUCCUGAAUGCUUCCAUCGAUAAUAUGUUCAAAUUUCAAAAGAAUUACUGCAAGACAUUCAAAGAGGCCGAAGUGGCUCAUUUAAAAUACGAUAAAGCUGAAAAAAAUAUGGAUCUGUCACGGGCAGACCUGGAAAGAGCCAAAAAUAACGCGAUGCAAAGGACACAAAUAUGUGAAGAUGCGAAACAGAAUUAUGCACAUGCACUCCAAGCUACAAAUCAACAGCAGCAUCAACAUUACAAUCAGUUAUUACCACAGAUACUGGAGCGUUUGAGAGCAGUUGAUGAGGAGCGAAUUAGCGAAACUAAAUCACUAAUGUUGCAAGGUAUCGAAGUGGAAACUAGGGUGAUGAAUAUAAUCCAACGAUGCUACGAUGAUAUGAGAAAAGCUGCUCAAUCUAUAUCACCUUUGAACGAUAGUGCUAGUGUUGUUGAGCAUUACAGAUCAGGCUAUGCGCAUCCGCAGCCGUUCACCUUUGAAGAUUUCGGCGCUCCAUCGGCAAUUAUCACCAGUGAAGGUACAAGUAGUGUGGAUACGAUGAAAAGGCCAAUAAAAAUGGUUCGAUGGUGCGAAUCAAUCGAAAACCUAGUAUGGGGCUUUUUCGAGGCAGCAAUCAUUCAAGAAAGGAAUAUCGGAGUAGGACAUUUCCCUCAUUGUCGAAAAUCGAAUCUUCAUAAUGAUGGUACCAUUGACUUUCGUUGUUAUCCACCACAACAAAGGUGUCGAAGAUUGCAACAUGAAAUUGAAAAUAUUGAAAAAGAAAUUGCAAAAAAUCAACAAAGUCGUGAAGGGGCUGCGAAAAUGUUACAAGUUUAUAAGGACAAUCCAAAAUUAGGUAAUGCAAGUGAUGUGGAUUCGGAAAUUGUAGUUUAUACGAAAAAAUAUGAAGCUCUAAACCAGCAACUAGCAAAGUACAAGGCUAUGCUAUCAGAAGCUCAGACCGAACUGAAUAUACCGAUAUCAAUUAUCGGAUCGGAACCUCCAACUAGACCGCCUCCUCCGUGUCAGUCAGGACUGAGUACGCCUUCACAGUCUUCUCCACGUCAAAUAUCAACUCCGAAUACUACAGUCAGUAUUCAUCGUUCAUCUUAUUCAGAAGAGUCGAUCUCGUCAGAUGGUUCAGUUCCUAUUGUUAGCCAUCAGAAAGCAACUUCACCUGAAUCUGCGAAGAAAGCAACAAUAGUCGAGAAAUCAGAGGUGUACGAAGAAUGCGAUAUGCCAGCAUUAGGCACCUGCACUGCAUUGUAUGCAUUUGAAGGUGGCAGUGAGGGGACAAUGGCUAUGGAAGAAGGUGAUGAAAUGAUACUGUUAGAAAGAGACGAAGGAGAUGGUUGGACUCGAGUUAGGCAUGUUUCAUCGGCGCGUGAGGGUUUCGUCCCUACAUCUUACUUACAGUGUAGAUGGUAUCCUGAUUAG